UAUUUUGAGGAAGAAAAAAAAGACUAAAAACCUAAAUAGGUACUUAACACCGUUUUUGCAUUGGAGUAUAGAGCCAAUUGAACAGUGUGUAGUUAUUAAGAAUAUAAGUGAUAAGAGAUAUUGACUAUAUAAUUACUUUGUUAAAUAAUUUUUUUGUUGAGUUCCAUACAUUUUUGAGUUGAGUUAUAUAGUAACGAUACCUUUUUGAAUGCACAUAAAAGUAAUCACUAUAUCUACUACAUUUUCUUGAUCUAUACAUAUAUCACUUAAUGCUAAAUUAAACUAUUCAUUAUAAGACACUAUGAGUUUCUUUGUGGUACCGGCUGUAUCGUAUCAGACUCAGCAAAAGAUUAAUAAACAUAAUCAAGAGAAAGAGAAACGGAGAAAGAAGAAACUCCAAUCAGAGAGAAGACAACAGCAAGCACAAUCUCAAUCUCAAUCUCAAUCUUCUCAAUCCCAAACUCAAAGUCCUCAAUCUCAAACUCCAAUUCUUGAUAUACCUGAAACUUUUAAUGAUCAACAUCCUCGAGCUUCAUCUCAUCUGCUGUUACCUUCAUCAUCUCAAUCUCCACCUCAAAUACAAUAUCUUCAAGCUCAAUCAAAUUCAUAUUCUCAUCCAAAUUCUUCAAAUUCAGGACCUUCAAGUCGAAAAAUAUCAGAUCCAUCAGAUACUGGUUCAAUAAUAUCUUCAGGAAAUUCAUUCAAUACAUCUUCAUCAAUUUCAAAACCAAUUGAUGAAAAUAGUCCAAAUAUUUAUACCAAUCCUCAUCAUUCAAUUGAUCAACCUGAACCUUCCUAUAUAGCAGAAAGAUAUGCUACAACCUAUGUGGCAGCUAACCCUCCAACAGCUCCAGGUAUACAAAAUCAAAAUUCAAAUUUCCCUUCAUCACCAGGACUAACAAGACGUCAACUUGAUGAUUAUUAUACAACUAAUAUAAAUGCUAAUAGAGCUCCUUCUUGGUCAGAUUUAACCAUACUUAAUGAAAGAGAACGUGAAAGAGCUAGACAAAAUUCAACUUAUUCAACUGCUUCAAGUAAUAAUUCAGGCAUAGCACCUGCUAGUUCAAAUCAAUCUAAGUAUAGAAGAAAUAGUUCCUUAUCAUCAGGUCACUCAAAUGCAGGUCUUAUGAUGAGUACUCCACCAGGUAAUACUGGAUCAAUAUCUGGUGUUAGUGGAGGACCUUCUUCAUCUUCUACUCAUAAGGGUUCUACUUCAUCUAGAUUCUCACGAAAAUUCUCAACUACUUUUACAUCUGCAACAUCUAAUUCGGAUGCAAAAUCUCAACGAUCUCAACUGAUACAAAUUUCUCCAACUCAACUGGCAGCCUCUUCUGUUCAUUCAGUUGAUAUUCCACCUUUUAAAACUUUACUUGAUUUAUCUCAACUCAAUACAAUUGAAGCAAUGAAACCAAUAAUAAUUACACCAGCAUAUCAUAUCUUUAGAUAUAAUAAUUUUCUUGAAAUGUUAUCUGAACAUCAUAGUAAUGAUGCCAUAAAUUUUGGUAGUGUUCGGAAUCAUUUAAUUCUUAAAUUCAUUAAUCGUCAUAAAAAUUCAAAAGAUUUAUUAAAACAAUAUGAACUGGUUCAACAUUAUGAUAUUCGAUUUUAUGAAAGUAUUCUUGCUUAUGAAUUAGCUGGAGCUAGAAAAUUUGUUCGUGAAUUAUUAUUAGAAGAUCUGGAAUUGGCUAAUAGACCCAUGCAAAAUCAUGAAGAAUUAGUUCAUGUUAAUUUUUCAAAUUACGUUCGUUAUUUACUUUAUUUACCUCCAGUUUAUAAUCGAAAUAAUUUAUCUGAAACUGAACAAGCUCAUUAUAGAUAUAAAGAUUUAUUUAAUAAGAUUGCAGAUGCAUUAUUUGUUUUAAAAAGAGAAGAAUCAGGAGAUAUUUCAAAUGAUGAAGAUGAUUCAAGUACAGUUAAGUAUGGUUUAUUGUUACAAUCAAUUGCUAAAAUAUCAUAUGAAUUCGUUUUAUUAGAGAAAUAUCAUAUCAAUAUUUUAACAAAAUUAACUAAUAAUUUCAUAAUUAAUGCUCGAUCAGUUACUUCAUUAUUUGAUAAAUAUAAAGCAAAGAUGUCUGAAAAUGAUCCAGAAUCAGUUAAAGUAUUACUUUAUAAUACUUAUUUUAGUAUACAAUAUGCUUGGUAUUUAUCAAUUACUUUACCAUUUGUUCGUGUAUUUGAAAGUCACAGCUAUGUUGAAAAUGCAAAACUUAUGAGUGAAUUAGAACUAUAUAAGGAAGUUGAACCUAAGACAAUUAAAAAGAAUUUUGAACCUAGUGAUUCAGAAUUGUAUACAUACUAUUUUCAAAAACUUGGCUUUGAAAACUUUCAAGAUUUUAAAUCUCAUACUCCUAAACGAUUAAUAAGAUUAUUGAAAAAUAUAGAUAAUCAUUCUCCUAAAUAUUCAAAAAUCCGUCGUCAUGAAAUUCCUGAUCCAUCAGGAGCUUAUUCUCAUAAGCCAAUGAAUUUUGAAUUUUAUUCUGAUUCAUUAUUAACUAUUCCAGAUGAAACUUUUGAUUUUAUUCAAAGUCGAGAUUUAUGUCUUCAAUUAACUCCAUUGAAUUUUAAAACAAUUCUUCGAGAGUUUUAUCGUAUUAUGAAACCAGGUGGUGUUCUUGAAGCUCCUGUAUUACAAUAUGGUUCUGAGUCUAUUCGAAAUUUUACUAAUCAACCAAAAAAUUCAAGUCGUAGAUGGAAAUUUAUGGAUUUAGAUGUUCAAGAUUAUCUUGAUGUAAUUCCUAAUUAUCUUGAAGUCUUACUUCAUGAACUUAAUUAUUUAUUUGGUAAGGGAAGUGUGAAAUUUGGUAUUGUUGUUUUAAACAAUAAAAAUGAUUUAAAUAGUUUCUGGUUAACCCAUGUUGGAAUGCAAUUAUAUGAAAUGUUUGGUAAAAUGGAUGAAUACUGUGUAACAUUUAAAGAUCAUGAUGAAACUAUUCUGUCAAGUAUGAAAGAUAAUGUAUUCUUUCAUGUUAAUAUUACUUGUACAAAAAGGUUAAAACCUUCUUCAACAGUCAGUAGUAGUGCAGCGUCAACCGCAUAAGUAGUUUACCCUUUGCUGGUCAAAGUUUAUUAUAUUACUUCCUAACUUUUUAGAUGAUUACUUAUCAAUAUAUAACAAUCUAGAUAAAUUUAGUUUCCUUAAUUAUGAGCAAUUUU